AUGUCUGAUAUUAACACAACUCUCCUCAAUUCAAUUCAAAAGAUUGAGGUUGAUCUUGCUGAAAUCAAGCAAGCAUUGCGCGAGUUUCAAAGGCAAUUCAGCAAUCAAUUUGCGCCAGCAGUCAGUGCGGAAUAUCUAACUACAAUGCAACAAAGCAUUAUUGAGCAGAGUUCUCUUGAGCGCAUUGCCAAGUCUGUGAAAAGAGCCCAGCUCACAGAGUACCCUGAUCAGCUUGCACAAAAAUACAAUCUGUUGCUUCAGAUUCUUCAAGAGCAGGACUGGAAGGCGCGCUACAAAGAAGUUCCACAAGGGCAGCCUUUGCCCCCAUUAGUCCCUCUUUCAGACCAUGAUUUGACAGUAAAAAGACUGCAUCUCAAAACAUUAGGCCGUAUGGUAAAGCAUGAUAUCAUUGACAAAGACUAUCCUGCGGCCUCAAAAGAAUGGAAGAAUAUCCCAGAGAAAAACAGGGAAUACUACAUGAUGCAUUUGGAGAGGUUGGCGAAGAAUGGUGGAUUGCAUAUCCACCAAUGUAAAAGAAUGUGGUGUGCCAGAAGCCUUCUUCGGAAAAGCUUCAAGAGUGACAACCAGACGCACAAGAGAAGAAUGGCAGAGAAGAACAAAAUGUGCUGUCUCCUCCACCCACAGCAAGUGUCGAGCCUGCUCGCAAGAGAAGCCGAAGAUCGUAGUUUGGCUGCUGUGAUUGGCCAAGUUUGA